CCGUUUGAUCCCAACGUAUCCUUCUUCCGAUCUUGCAGCUUCUUCAUCCCUUUCUCGGCCAAACCUUCCGUGCCUUCUCCUUCCUUCGAAUUGAUGCCAUUCUGUUCGUUCCUGUCUGGUUCCUAUUCGUUUGUGUUCGGUGCUUGGCUUCAAAAAUGCGAAUUUGCAUGCUUUUGGUAGCUUCGUCUCGGCGAUUUGAUGGCCGCUUGGGCUUGCUGGAUUUCGAUCUGCCCGAAAGUUGUUUGCUUGUUGCUGUUCUGCGUUCCAUCCGGAAGAUUCCGAUUUGAGCUGAAUCCGGAGAGAAGUUGAAUCGAUCGUGGUUGCGGUAGAUGAUAACAACGCCAUGAUGGAUAGCUGGCUGCCUCCAAAUCCAAGCUCGAGAACCCUAUUCUCAAACUCUUCAAACGAAGAGUUUGGUCCGAGAUCAUUCUCAACUCUCUUGGUAGAGAAUGGAAAUUUGGGGCUUCCAUGGAACUCCGAAAACCAAAAGGUGAAUGUGAGCUCAAGAAUAGAAAGUGAGGUUGGAGUCGAUUCCUUGAAUGAUCUCUCGCCUCAACCAAAGUUGUUUGGUGACCCUAUAUCGAGCUCAUUCGGAAGUCUUGCAGAGAGGAUGGCAAUAAGAAAAGGUUUUCAUGUUCCAAAGCUUGAUACAGUUAAUAUCCAAUCCACCAGCAUGGUUUCAUCCUCAGAAACUCCGUCGCCAUAUCUAACAAUUCCGCCGGGUCUUAGUCCUACCGCGUUGUUCGACUCUCCAGCUUUGUUUUCUGAUACAUCGGAUCAACCAUCUCCAACCAGCAAAUAUGAAUUUUUGGAGAUUCGUCCUUCAAACGCAAUGCCUGUCUCAUGUUUGGCGAUGUUCGAACACAACCUAUUUGAAGACAUUUCAGAAGCAUUUCCUUUCAAGACUCAUAUAGAAUCAGAUUCAUGUCACUCUAGAUUGGUAAAGAAGUUUGAGCUACCAAGCAUUGAGGGGUAUGUUCAGAUGGAAAAUCCCGCAGAGGAACGCAAAGUAGAAGCUAGUAGUGAGAAUUUCCAAUACCAACCAGAAUUCUGCAUUCAAUCUGGUUCUACUUUUGCAUCUGAUCAAAAAAAUACUACAAAUAAUGCUAUGCUAAACCAGCAAAUUGCAGACUCUAUUGUGGUGAGUGGCCGACAAAACAGAGAAGCAGGCCUACGGAGGGAACUCUCUGCGGCUCUUGGGACUCCAGCUGAGGAUGGAUAUAAUUGGAGAAAAUAUGGCCAGAAACAGGUAAAGGGUAGUGAGAAUCCGAGAAGCUACUACAAAUGCACUCACCCAAAUUGCCAGAUGAAGAAGAAAGUCGAGCGGUCUCAUGAAGGUGGGAUUACUGAGAUAAUCUACAAGGGUUCCCACAACCAUCUGAAACCUAACCUUGAUUGUCGGUUUAGUGUUCCUUCACCAAACCCACUCAAUGAACUUAAGAGUGAUGGCUCAGAGCAGCCAGAUUCACAAGCAAGUUUUGAUGAAAAACCAAUAAAAGGAAGCUCUCAAAGUGGUAAUGGAUGCCAAGAUUGUUUGGGGGAUGGCCUGGAGGCAACUUCAGCUGCACCAAUUGCUGCUGAAUUCUGUGAUGCCUCUAAUGCCUUGCAAGAGAACCAAGAUGGUGAUCAUCCAUCCCCAGAGUCUAUUGAUGUUUCUUCUGCAAUGUCCAAUGAUGAAGAAGAUGAUCAAGAAACUCAUGGCAGUAUCUCCCUCAGCGGUGGAGAAGAGACAGAGUCAAGAUCCAGGAAGCUAGAUUCUUGUGUCGUUGAGAUAAAUGCUGCUUCAAGAACAAUUCGUGAACCAAGAGUUGUGAUUCAGACAAUGAGUGAGAUUGACAUUCUUGAUGAUGGAUAUCGUUGGCGAAAGUAUGGCCAAAAGGUUGUCAAAGGAAAUCCAAAUCCAAGGAGUUAUUACAAGUGUACAAAUCCUGGGUGCACUGUCCGAAAGCACAUAGAGAGGGCUUCACAUGAUCUCAAAUCAGUGAUCACGACCUAUGAGGGAACACAUAACCACGAAGUCCCAACGACGAGAAGAAGUGGUCAUCAGAACUCUGGCUCCUCAAAUGUAUCAUCAUCUAAUUCGGCUACCCAAUCUCGCAGUCUUCUGCAAAAACAUGAACCAAUCCAAGACAGAUUUGCAAGAUUCAAUACUCACACUCCUCUCAGCACUUUUAACUUUCCACAAAAAGGCCAGUUAGGGGCUGCUACAAGCUUCCCUUUUGCAAUGGGACAGCCAAGCUUGUCCAACCUUUCUAUGUCUGGAUUCAAUCCUAUUGCAGCAGCAAGUACGCCAAUUGUUCCACCAGUCCAUUCAUUUCCAAGUCAUGGACGUCCUACUGAAGCAGGAUACAUGAUGCAUAAAUUAGACCUCAAGGAAGAACUUUUGCCCGAUACAUUUCUUCCUCUGCCAAAUUCUAUGUCAGUUUAUCAUCAGAUGAUGAGCAAGCCUACCUGUGUUGUAGAAUGCAGAAGCAAAGAUGGCUAUUCCUUCAGUCAAGUUUAACUUCACUUGUGGCAAAAUAAAUGUUUGAAUUUAAUUUUUGCAGUUUUUGCUAAUGAUAAUAUAUUAUACACUGAGCAUAAAUAAAUUUUAUGCUUUUGUUUAGUUGAUAAUUUUCCUUUGCCUUGGUGAAUAUGUAACCAAAACAUGAUGCAUCGGUAGAGA